AUGGAGCUAGGUUUCAUGGGAAGAUUGCAAGUGGAUGCAAAAGAGUUGGCAAGUGACUUGUUGAAAUGGUUUCCCAAUUGCGAGAGUGUGAGUGAUUAUGACAUGCUGGAUUUGUUGACUGGGCUCAUCCAUGCUCUUGAUAUUGGUGGCAUGGCAGUAUUGGCUGGAUCUCUGCUCAAUGCUUCCACUUGCAUUCUUGAUGCUGGUUCAUGGAAGAGGCUGGAUGCCUGCUCUAUGGUCUCACUUGCACUAUUGAUGUUGGUGGGUGACAAUGGAUCUCUGCUCAAUGGCCUCAAAUGCACUCUUGAUGUUGGUGGCAUGAUAGAGGCUGCAUUUCUGCUCAAUGGCCUCACUUGCACUCUUGUGUUGGUGACACAUGACAGCUGCACUCUUAAUGUUGGUGACAUGACAACUACUGGAUCUCUGCUCAAUGCCUUCACUGAUACUCAUGAUGCUGGUGACAUGUCAGUGACUGAAUGUCUGCUCAAUUGCCUCACUUGCACUCUUGAUGUUUGUCCCAUGACAGCAGCUGGAUGGCUGCUCAAUGGCCUCACUUGCACUGUUGAUUUUGGUGGCAUGACAGGAUCUGGAUGGCUGCUCAAUGGCCUUACUGCAUUCUUCAUGUUGGUGGCAUGCCAGGAUGUCAGUGAUUUGAUGCCUUCCUUGGUUCUUGAUGUUGGUGGCAUGACAGGAAGAUCUGGAUGCCUGCUUAGUGCAAUUCCUUGCACUGUUCAUGUUGAUGGUAUGGCAGAUCUGAAUCUUACAAAAUUUGAUGUCAAUACUGCCAUCCAAAUGCCAGCUCUUCCCAAAGAUGUCACUUUGUUGGAGAAGUUCCUAACUCUCUGGUCAGUGGCUGAACAUGCCAUUGCAUGGGCACCAUCUUUGGCAGGAGGUUUUGUCAUUGGCAGUGGAGGAAUACAACAACUCCAAUAUAGGGACUGGCAUUUCAAAAGCUAUUAUCAAAAUCAUCAUUCAGCAUUGGAUGUGUAA